GUAAUUGAAAAUUUGUUAAUUACACCCAGCCAAGAGUUAUCAUCUACCAACAAUUAUUCUGUGAUUGCGUUUCUAACGCUUUAUUUUUAUUGAACUUUUGUUCUUCUUAGUCUGUGCCCACAAAUCAAGUGCUGUGCCUAUAGCUGUCCACUAGAAAAAAAUCUGUGGCUGUGCCUGAGUAUGGGAUAGGUAAGGUGUCAUAGCCAUAGGUAAUAGGUAUAAGACUUAAAAUUUGUAUCUUAAAAAAAGACAACAAUGGAUGUCCUUUUAAAUGUAAAUAAUCAGUCUAAUGGACGGGAUAAACUUGCAAGGCUAGUCCAGUAUGCCAGUAGGCUAGUAUGGCAUCAGCUGCAAAAAAACCAUGCUAAUAAGUAUUCCAUUGAACGAAUCAAAGGCUUGGAAAAUAAUCUCAGUUCAUUUAGAAAGGUUCUAAGAUUAGGAAGGUGCAUAGAUAUAUCUUAUGCAGCAUUGAAUACUAUUCACAUACAGGAUCCAUUCUUAAGAAUAUCCCUGACAGUUAGUAAAAUAGCCCAUGCAUUGUUUUUGUAUGCUGAUCAUAUAGUGUGGCUAACUCGAAGUGGUUUUCUUAAAACUGAUUCAGACAAAUGGAAUCGCACAGCAAAUAAAUUUUGGCUGUUGUCAAUAACUGCUAACUUAGCAAGAGAUGUGUAUGAAAUCUUACAAGUCUUAGAGUUAAACCGAACUACAUUGCUAAAGCCUUCUGAAUUAUUAAGAGGACCUGUUAAUAGUUUUGAUUUUAAUGUUUGUAUAAAACAUUUAUACGCUAUUAUUUAUUGCCAUAAAGAUAUCUUUAUAGAUACUAUAAAAAAUUCAUGUGAUAUUUUUAUACCACUGACUGCACUGGGUUUAACUAAAUUGAACCCGUCAGCUAUUGGUGCUCUUGGCACGGUUUCUUCACUUGCUGCACUUAUAACUAUAGUUAAACCAAUUACUAAACUUGUACCAGCUUAAGUUAGUACCAAAAACUUGUGGUUUAUGCUGUAAUAAUAGUGGUUGUGGAUUAUGAUAUUUCUACUGAUUUAUGUAAUCAAGAAAUUAGGGAAGUGUAUACCAAUUAUUGUUCUAAUAUGCCAAAUAUACAAAUAUUUUAUAUAAAAUUCUUAUUAAUAUCGUCUAUCUAAUACUACUAUCUUCUACUAAAACUAAUAUCUUCUUAUCAUGGAUUAAACAACACAAUACACCCGUAUUGUAAAAAUACUUGGGUUGGGUUUAGAAUUACGUUGCCCGAAUUUGAUGAUACUGAUUAUGUAGGUGUCUCGGGGAACCUUGAUUGAAACACCUCUAAGUGAUUGUUAUUUACUUCAUCACGACGUAAUAACAAGUUACGAACAACCAUGAUAUUUCGGGCGAAAAAAACAAGUACCUACUAAACAAAUAUGCAAACGUUCUAAUAGCCUUCCCUAGAAUAACCAAAUUAAAAAAUAAGAUGUUGACAGUAUUCGAAAUAUUGUUGUAAUGUUUGAAGUGAGACAGUAAGUAGUAAAUGUUAUCAUUUAACAAUAUAACUAUAUAUAGUAUGUACCUAUUUUAAAGAAUGUACUUUUGUCCUUCAAUUAUAUAGCUAACCGCUUACGAUUCUAUACAACUAUGUGAAAAUCUAUCAAAUAAUAAUAAAAUGUAAUCAGUGAAUGUGCAACAUUUUUUAUUAAAUAACCAUGGGUACCUUUGAUAGUCUUUAGU